AUGGAUCCAGACCUAGAAAGCCCAUCUCCCAGAUCAGAGAACCACCAAGAGGACAGCCAGCCGCCUCCGAAUAAAAGGCCGAAAACCGGCACAGUGCGCCGAAAGCCCGCCUGCCAAACAUGUCGACGGCGAAAGAUCCGCUGCGACAAUGGCCACCCGGCAUGCGGGUUCUGCCAUUCUAAUGACAUCGACUGCGUGUAUGUUUCGCGCGGAGAUGAUAGUACUAUUGGUCGACAGGAGUUCGGCAAAGUAUUAGACCGACUGGAUACAUUAUCCAAGACAGUCGAGAACAUCCAGCAGCUUCUGAGCUCGCGGACAGAAACUCCGCAGCCAAACUGGAGCCGGAGUCAGAUACAACUCCCAGAGCGCCACGAGCGAGAGCGCGAGCGCGUUCCCACCAGAGCAGAGGAGUGGCAACAGGACUACCUCCAGAUCCCAGCAUGCCGAUGCAGCGCCGAUGCAGUCCUCACAUGGCCUAUAUUCAGCGGACAGUUCCGCGAAAACUCACUCAUCACAACGCUGUUCCAGUACUCCCACGGGGUGGUCGAGUAUAGGUCGAGGUCGACGGAGUCAGGGACACUGCCUGAUGGGCUGCGCUUCACCCCAGAUGAACAGAUACCAGCGCUGGUGGACCAGUUUAUUCAGAAUGUGCACACGAAAAAUCCGAUAUUGGAUCUGGAAGCUCUGAUUCGGUCUGGGCGGCAUGCUGCGGAGUUUGGGUUGCAGUGGGAUGCGCAGUCUUGUCUUGUUCUUAUAGCCUGUGCGCUGGGGUGUAUAUCGCAGCCGUUUACUGCUUCUACGCAAGGGCCACAAGCGACGGGAUCGCUUCAUGAGGGAUCUGGGUGGCGUGGUGGUUUGACGUCGAGCUCUGAGAGUCACCUGCGUGAGGGAGAGGCAUUCUUCAUGAUGGCGCGGAAGAGGAUCGGCUUGCUGCAGUAUUCUGUUAUUGGUGCGGAAUGUCAUUUUUUUGCGGGAGUGUAUCUGAUGUAUACGUUUCGCCCGCUCUCAGCCUGGAACCACUUCUACCAAGCCUCGACGUUCUACCGACUGCGCCUGAGGUUGAUUGAAGGCCUUGAUAGGUCAGUGUACGAGGCUGAACAGCAACCAUCCGUUGCUCAACGUUUUGAGCAAAGCUUGUACUGGUCGUGCUUCAAGUCCGAAGUGGAAAUUCGCGUCGAACUGCCUCUGCCGCAGUCUGCGAUUGCGGAAUACGAAUACCCAGCUCUCUUUCCUACGCCUCCUACGCUGUCCGAUGAAUAUCCAAAACACCGCGACCAAAUGUCUGACUGGAACCGCUCUGAAACCCCAUCUGUUCUCGACCCAGUCGGCCUUCCUGGCCUAGGCGUAUCAAACCACAUCACAAAGCUCUUCAACGAAGAACAAAGUUGGUACUACUACCUGACCGAAGUUGCCCUACGCCGCAUCGGCAACAGAGUGUUAAACGCAUUCUACCGCGGCGACUCCUCCACAUGGUCAAACAUCAGACCACUAAUCCCAAUGGCACUCGAGUUCGAAUCCCAAAUCAACGCAUGGUUCGCGAACCUGCCGCCCGCAAUGAAAUACUACGAAAGCAACUCCAGCCCAGGCGGUGCUCACCAACAAGGAUACAACACCACCGACACCCGCGAGUCCAUCUCCCUCGAACUAAGCUGGGCGCUGAGCAACCGCUUCCUAGAAAUCCGGCUCUGGCUGUACCAGCCGUUCCUGUAUUUCGCGGUUCACCACCCUAUCGGCCCAACCGCUGCUGCUGCGGCAUCUGCAACAAGAGUUAUUCUGCCCCCUCCUAUCAACAACGAGGAGUCGGCCAUCAUCCAAGACCUCGUCCAGUCCGGUCUCGAUUGUAGCCUGAAGAUCCUUCAAGCGCGGUGUCUUCGCCAUCGACACCACGGGAUCUGGUUUGACCUUCGGGCUUUGGUGACGGCGUCGUUAAUAUUCAUUGCUUUAACACGGAGCGGGAAUAUCAAACUCCCUAAUAUCCAUCCCGGCGGAUUAAAGGCGCAUCUAAGUCCCACGCUCGAAACCCUAACGUACUGGGAAGACGAGGCGCCUGAUAUCAAGAAGGCACGGGGUGUUUUGGAUAAUCUGCUUCGGGAUCUGGACUGA